AUGGCUCUAAAUCUGCCCAAAUGGCUCAAGGACAACGCGCACCUCCUCCAACCUCCAGUGAACAAUUAUUGCGUCUAUCACCCGUCUUCCCCCUCCACGAGUGGCCUGACGGUCAUGGUGGUCGGUGGUCCCAACGCUCGAACCGACUACCACAUCAACACCACCCCAGAAUUCUUCUAUCAGCACAAAGGCUCGAUGCUGCUAAAGACCAUGGACACAACCACGGAGCCGCACACUCCGGUCGACGUUCCCAUUCACGAAAACUCACUGUUUUUGCUCCCUGCAAAUACACCACAUAAUCCGGUGCGCUUCGCAGAUACCGUCGGGAUCGUACUUGAACAGCCGCGUCCUAAAGACUCCGUGGAUAUCAUGAGGUGGUACUGCAAGAGCUGCCAGCAGAUAGUUCACGAGGCAAGUUUCCACUUGACGGACUUGGGAACUCAAAUAAAGGAGGGUGUCCUUGCCUUUGAGAACAACAUAGAGGCCAGGACGUGUAAGAAUUGCGGGACUGUAGCGACCUCUAAGCCAGGUCCUGGUGAGAUUCAACAGCCUCCGAGGUUUCCAGAGGACUGA